GCGCCGUUCGAAUUGGAGGCGCUUCUGAGUGUCUUGGCUGGAUUUCCGGCCAGGGAGCUGAGUGGGAGUCCGGGGAACAGACGGGCUUCCCCGGGUCCGGCCCGAGUGGCGUUCCUGGGGAGAAGCGAGGCUCUUCUUCAACAUUCCUGUCCAGAAGCUGAUCUGAAGAGAACAGGCAGGAAGCUUGGAGCAGGGGCUGAGGCUAGACCCUAAGCUGAAUGAUGACUUCAGCUGUGGCCUGCCAGGCUUCAGCUCCUCAGGAGCAGGAGGGGCUCCUGAUAGUCAAGCUGGAGGAAGACUGUACUUGGGGGCAGGAAAUCCCUGUACAGGAUCAUGGGACAAGCCCUGAGACCUCCCACCAGUGCUUCAGGCAUUUCCGCUACCAACAGGCAGCUGGACCUCGACAGGCUUUCAUCCAACUCCAGGAGCUUUGCCAUCGUUGGCUGAGGCCAGAGGUAAACUCCAAGGAGCAGAUCCUAGAGCUGUUGGUGCUGGAACAGUUUCUGACCAUCCUCCCUGGGGACAUCCAGGCCAGGGUACGGGAGCAACAUCCAGAGAGCGGGGAGGAGGCAGUGACUCUGGUGGAGGAAUUGCAAAGAGAAGAGGGAAGAUGCAGGCAGCAGGUCACAAUCCAUGGGCGGGGACAGGCGGUGCCUUUGGAGGAGACCUCACCCCUGGAAGCAGCACAGGAACUACCAAACUUCAAGCUGGAGCCAUCGGAGACUGAGCAGAGCCCUUGCCUUGGACUACAGGACCUGUUGGGCCCUUGCCUUAAAGGGGGGCCCCAACCCCUGAAGGAGAGGGCAUCAUCUACUCCCUGGGUUUCUCUCCUUCCUUCAAAGGCAGAAGGCCCUGAAGACAAAGAGACAGCCGGGUCCCAGUUGCCUGUGACCUUUGAGGAUGUGGCAGUGUACCUCUCUCAGGAGGAAUGGGGGCAUCAGGAAACCAGUAAGAAGCCCCUUUCCAGGGAAGCCAUUCAGGAGAAUUAUGAGAAUGUGCUUGCAUUAGAAUCUCAGAUUCCCAAUCAAGACUCAGCCACCCAAGUAGAACAAGAAGAAAAGUCAUGGGAUCUCAAUCUCCAGAGUACCAAGGAGCAAGGGAGCUCCAGAAUCCCUUACACAGAAGAGAAAAAAGAAAACAAGGAAGAGAAUUUUCCUUCUGAACACUUUAAUGAAGAGCAGGCUCAAGAAAUACCCUCUGGACAUUCAGAAAUAGAGGUUCCCUGGAGUCCUGAGCAGGGAAAAUCAGAAGGACAGUGGAAUCCUUCCCCAGAGGAGAGACUGGGAAAACCCACAGCUUGGGCAUUGGGUUGCAAUGAAUUGAUAAGACCAAAGAAACCUCUGCCAGGAGAGAAAUUAUAUAAAUGUCCUGUGUGUGAAAAAAAUUUCUCUAACAACUCAAAUCUUAUUAGGCACCAGAGAACCCAUACAACAGAGAGACUCUGUAUGGGUUUAGAGUGUGGGGAAAUUUUUAGUGGGAAUCCACAUUUCAUUCCACCUCAUAGAGUACAUCUGGGAGAGGAAGCCCACAAGUGCCUUGAGUGUGGAAAAAGCUUCAGUCAGAACACACACCUGACUAGACAUCAGCGUACUCAUACAGGUGAGAAGCCCUAUCAGUGUAAUGUGUGUGGGAAAAGCUUCUCUUGCAACUCAAACCUUCACAGGCAUCAGAGAACCCAUACUGGUGAGAAACCCUAUAAGUGCCCUGAAUGUGGAGAAAUUUUUUCUCAUAGUUCUAACCUUAUUAGGCACCAGAGAAUUCACACAGGAGAGAGACCCUAUAAAUGCUCUGAAUGUGGGAAAGGUUUCUCUCGAAGUUCACAUCUUGUCAUACAUGAGAGAACCCAUGAGAGAGAGAGAUUUUACCCUUUCUCUGAAUGUGGAGGAACAGUAAGUAACAGUACAACAUUCAUCACAAAUCAUGGAACCCAGAGAGGAGAGAAGAAACUCUUUAAAUGUUUGACAUGUGGGAAAAGCUUCAGGCAGGGUAUGCAUCUCACCAGACACCAGAGAAUACACACAGGAGAAAAACCUUACAAAUGUCCUCUGUGUGGGGAAAACUUCUCUCACAGCUCCAACCUCAUUAGGCACCAGAGAAUCCACACAGGAGAGAAGCCCUAUACCUGUCAUGAAUGUGGGGACAGUUUUUCUCACAGCUCCAAUCGGAUUCGACAUCUGAGAACCCACACUGGAGAGAGGCCUUAUAAAUGUUCUCAGUGCGGAGAAAGUUUUUCUCGAAGUUCUCGUCUUAUGAGUCACCAGAGAACUCACACAGGCUAGAAUGGUUUGCAAUUUCAACACAGGCAGGUUAGCAGAAGAGCUUUUAUUUGGAAUUGGUCUUCCCUGAAUCAUCAGACAGACCUCUACUUUGAAGAAAUUGCUUCAGAGAAUAACUGCAGGUAAGGAGAAUUUUGUCCAGACAAGCUGAGUUAGCUUCAGGCCAUGAAAAGACAUUCCUCCAUCUUCUCCAGAGUCUCGGGGCAACAGGGAGAACAGCAGGUGCACUCUGUAGCGUCCCCCUCAGAGAAGAAUUCUAUGGUGAGUCCUCCCUGUUUCUAAGGUAAACACUCCUUGGCACAUAUAUCCAGGUUUUGAUUUGCUGUGCCUGUGUUAUCUGUGGUCAAAUAGGAUAGAGUGGGAAAAGAUUAUAUGCCGUGUCUGUCGCCCUUCUCCAGUGGGACGCAGCUGGAGUAUUUGGGCCACUCGAGGCUCUGGAGACAAACCUGAAGCUUUCCUGGAAGGCAGUUUGAAAAGAACAUGAACAACUCAAGACUGAUAACAGUAUCAUUUCCUCUAAUAAGAGUGGCUGCCGGAAGAGGGAAUUUGGCGAAUCGCUUCAAAAGAGAGAACUCAGUAGUCCAGAGACCGAAGGGAAACAGCAUCACAGAAGUUCCAGGCUAGUGAGAGAAGCAGCAGAGGAUGUGGAGAUCCAAAUCAGCCCCCUCUUGGCAGGGAUUUUUAGGCUAUUUUUCUUUUCUACAACAACAUAGUGGUAGAGGAAGAGCCGUUUAGGAGAAAAGCCUGCACUCUUCAAGAAUUCCUAACUCUAAUUGGCUUUUCCUGGAUAAGAGGACGGACAUAUAUCCUGGAAGAUGAGUGUGGGUACACCAAGACAAGAAGAUUUGAAUAGCCUGGGUUUACUGAGGAUCAUAGGGGAUGAGGAUCAGAGGUCACCGACUGGUUCUUCCCCACUCCUCUGAAGUUGUCCCGAUUAAGUCAUGGAGCAUCCUGUCCUCUAUUGAAGAAGGUGCAUUAGAAUGAUCAACACAUCUUUAAAGAACCAUAAAUCUACCCUCUUCAACGCCAGUAUUGAUCUGCUUCCUUUGCCUUGCUUUGGGUUGAUGGCUCUUUCUUUGUAUUGUCUUUCUAGAAUGACCUGGAAAGUUCUGAUAAAAAUCCUAGCAAUUGGAUUUAUUCUGUGUCCGUGACUAGCAUAUACUGAGGCUAGAACAAUUAUGAAGGUCCAUGGGUAAGCGCAAUACCUGUCUUGCUCACACUGGACUUAUCACAAAGCCUUUAAAAGGAAUGUUUUUACCUUCUAUGAACAUGGUAUAAUAAAGUCAAAUUUCUUUCA